UUUUUUUCCCAGCCGCCGAAUCAUGUCGAUGAGCCCAAAGCAUACGACUCCUUUCUCAGUGUCUGACAUCUUGAGUCCUUUGGAGGAAAGCUACAAGAAAGUGGGCAUGGAGGGCAGUAACUUGGGGGCUCCCUUGUCAGCCUACAGACAGUCUCAGGUUUCUCAGCCGGCCAUGCAGCAGCACCCCAUGGGCCACAACGGAACAGUGACUGCCGCCUACCAUAUGACAGCGGCAGGGGUCCCUCAGCUCUCCCAUGCCACGAUGGGGGGCUACUGCAAUGGGAACCUGGGCAACAUGAGUGAGCUCCCGCCUUACCAGGACACCAUGCGGAACAGCGCUUCGGCGACAGGAUGGUACGGCACCAACCCGGACCCCCGCUUCUCCUCAAUAUCCCGCUUCAUGGCGCCGUCUUCGGGCAUGAACAUGGGCGGCAUGGGCAGCCUCGGCUCUCUGGGAGACGUGAGCAAGAGCAUGGCCCCGCUCCAGAGCACACCGCGGAGGAAACGGAGGGUCCUUUUUUCCCAGGCCCAGGUUUACGAGCUGGAGAGACGUUUCAAGCAGCAGAAAUACCUCUCCGCCCCGGAGAGGGAACAUUUAGCCAGCAUGAUACAUCUCACCCCUACUCAGGUCAAAAUCUGGUUCCAGAACCACCGCUACAAGAUGAAACGCCAGGCCAAAGACAAGGCUGCGCAGCAGCAGAUGCAACAGGAGAACGGCUCCUGCCAGCAGCAGCAGUCUCCCAGAAGGGUGGCGGUGCCAGUGCUUGUAAAGGAUGGCAAGCCCUGCCAAGCAGGCUCCAACACACCCACAGCAGCUAUCCAGAGCCAUCAGCAGCAGGCUGCUACGACGAUCACGGUGGCUACCAAUGGCAACAGCCUCGGACAGCAUCAGAGCCACCAGACAAACAGUGCGGGGCAGUCUCCAGACAUGGGACAGCACUCGGCCAGCCCGUCCUCUCUGCAGAGCCAAGUCUCCAGUUUGUCUCACCUAAACUCUUCUACUUCUGACUAUGGCACUGCCAUGUCUUGCUCCACCUUGCUAUACGGUAGGACCUGGUGAAAGGAUUAAACAGAGCAAAAGAAAAAAAAAAGGGGGGAAAAAAAGAAAGGGAAAAAAGGCAGAUUUUCCCAGUCACACAGAUCUCUGUUCUGUCCAAACUACUGUGUG